GUUUGAGCUCUUGGCUUACUAUCAGCUGGCUGUAUAUGCCGAAAAGGAAAGCUUAUUUCUCUGCACAUAGCAUUCUGAGCUGGAUUCCAUGCGAACCGAACACUAAUGCCAAACUUCACAUACAUUUGAGGAUUUGGAUUAAAGACGUCACCGAAAUUUGGUGUCUGCUACAGUCUGCGAGACAUGGCACAGUGGAGUAUGCUGCAGCAGCUGGAGUCCAGGUACCUGGAGCAGGUAGACCAGCUUUAUGAUGAUACCUUUCCAAUGGAGAUCAGACAGUAUCUGAGCCAGUGGAUUGAGAGCCAUGACUGGGAGUCUGUCGCCACCAGUGACUCGUUGGCAACAGUUCGUUUUCACGACCUUCUGGCCCAGCUAGACGACCAGUACAGCCGCUUCGCUCUGGAAAAUAACUUUCUCCUGCAGCACAACAUCCGCAAGAUCAAGCGCAAUCUGCAGGAGCACUUCCAGGAGUUUCCAGUGCACAUGGCUAUGCUUAUCUGCAGCGCACUAAAAGAAGAGAAGAAGAUCCUCAACAUGGCCAUUAAAACAGAGGAGAAUGCGGGCUCAGCACAGAACAACAGCAUGGGGGGAAAGCACAGAGAACUGGACAAGAAAGUGAGCAAGUUAAGGAAGAUGGUGCAGGAUGCAGAAAUAGAUCUAAAAUCAUUAGAAGACCUUCAAGAUGAGCAUGACUUCAAGAAGAAAACUCUUCAGAGCCGAGACCAGGAGCCGAACGGCCUGAAGGAUCAGGAGCACAAACGAGAGGAGUUGCUGAUAAAGGAGAUGUUCAUCAGACUAAACAUGAAGAGGGAGCAGGUCGUCCAUCAAGUAGCUGAGGCUCUGAAAAUGACGGAUCACAUCCAGUUCAGUCUGACCACGGAGGAGCUGCCCGAGUGGAAGAGGCGCCAGCAGGUCGCCUGCAUCGGCGGCCCCCCCAACACCUGCCUCGACCAGCUGCAGUCAUGGUUCACGUCGGUGGCGGAGAGCCUGAAGCAGGUGCACCUGCAGCUGAGGAAGCUGCAGGAGCUGGUGCAGAAGUACACAUACGAAAACGACCCCAUCGAUCAGGGGGUCAACUCAUUGGAGGAGCGUGCCAUGGUGCUGCUCAAGAACCUUAUAGUCAGUGCCCUGGUGGUGGAGAGGCAGCCUUGCAUGCCCACGCACCCACAGAGACCCCUAAUCCUCAAGACAGGGGUGCAGUUCACCGUCAAACUCAGAUUGCUGGUGAAACUCCCAGAGCUGAACUUCCAGUUGAAGGUCAAAGUUUUGUUUGACAAGGAUGUAGCGGAACGUAAUACUGUGAGAGGGUUUCGUAAAUUCAACAUCUUGGGGACAAAUACUAAAGUCAUGAACAUGGAAGAGUCCAAUGGGAGCUUGGCUGCUGAGUUUCGUCACCUGCAACUUAGGGAGCUGAGAUCGACUGGCAACAGAACGAAUGAGGGCCCUCUCAUUGUUACAGAAGAGCUGCACACCAUUUGCUUCGAGACCCAGUUCAACCUGCCCGGACAAAACCCUAUUGAUCUAACAACCACAUCUCUCCCCAUCGUGGUGAUCUCAAAUGUAAGCCAGAUGCCAAGUGCCUGGGCCUCCAUCUUGUGGUACAACAUGCUGACCAGCGAGCCCAAGCUGUCGUUUUUCCUCAACCCUCCCGCAGCCUCCUGGGGUCAGUUGUCUGAGGUGCUCAGCUGGCAGUUCUCCUCUAUCACCAAACGUGGCCUCAACAUCGACCAACUGAGCAUGCUGGGAGAUAAACUCCUUGGUCAGGAUGCCCGUGGAAGUCCAGAGGGCUUGGUGCCCUGGACGAAGUUUUGCAAGGCAGGUGACAGGGGGUUCUCUUUCUGGAUGUGGAUGGACUCCAUUUUGGACCUGAUAAAGCGCCACCUACUCAACCUGUGGAAUGAUGGGUGCAUCAUGGGAUUUGUGAGUAAGGAGCGUGAGAAGUUGCUGCUGAGGGAUAAGAGUCCGGGGACCUUCCUGCUGCGCUUCAGCGAGAGCAGCAAAGACGGAGCCAUCACCUUCACCUGGGUGGAGCACACAGUCAGCGAAGGUCCUAUGGUCCAUGCUGUGGAGCCCUACACAAAGAAAGAACUGGCAGCCAUUUCCUUCCCAGACAUCCUGCGUAACUAUAAGGUUAUGGCAGCGAGUAACCUGCCAGACAACCCCUUAGUCUUCCUGUAUCCCAACAUUCCCAAGGAUAACGCCCUUGGACGCUACUACAGCCGGCCUACAGAGGAGGAACGAUCAGCAGAACCGAUGGAUGUUGAGGGACAGAACAGCUCAAAUGGUUACCUACCCACUUCACUCAUCUCAGUGACCGUGGGGGAGCCCAGACUGCAGGACUCCAUCAGUUUACCCAUGAGCCCAGAUGAGUACAACGAGAUCUCAAAUCUUGUCCCAGCAGACAUCGACAGUCUGAUGACACAUUACUAACCCAUUGAGCUCUGGCAGUUUGGUCAGUGGAGCACCCAUACCUUACUCUACAUUCAUGCUGUCUCUACGGCAGAAAGCUCAUCACAAGGACUACAUAGCAAAACCAUGGUACAGAAAUAUGUGUAUAUACCACCCACCAGUACAUUCGCCCAUCUCUGUGUGCUUUAACGUACUGGUGUUUUCAGUUGGAGAAACGGUGGUAUUUUGUGUCAACUGAUAAUCUUUGCAUACAGUAAUAUUAUACAGCAAGUGAUACAAUAUUUUUUGAAUUUGCAUUUCUGAGUGUUUUUUUUUUGUUUUGCCUUGCCCUUACCACAACUGCCCCCCAAGAAACGCUGACAUGCAGUUGGGUCUGAAUAGCUUUGCUUUAUUUAACAUUUGUUCAUUUAAAUAAAUAUAUAUGUAGUG